AUGACUGUCAGGAACAGCAAGGGUGACGAAGGUGGCCCCUUGCCAGGAAUUAGCGGUCCGUUUGGCACAGCUGCCGUAUUGUUCGAAGCGUGGGCCGACAGCGUCAAGCUCAAGCUGGAUAGAGAGGAGAUCGCAGCCGUGAUGCCGAGAACAUCAUUCCCAGCAGAACGGACGGUCUCAAUUAUCGAGAACUUCCCAUUGCAGAUUAAGCGAUAG